GCUCUUUCACGCGGCACGCGGUUGCCAUGGUAAUGAGCUCCCAACGCGGAGUGUGGGUUUUGUGAGUCGGUCGGGUUACUGGGCCCCGAGGCCGCCCCGGCUGGGGCGGCGGGGUCACCUAUGGGCCAGUCGAAAAGCAAACCCAGAGAGAAGAAAGUUGAGGAGGAAAAGAAGAGCCCUACCACUUUAGUUACAAAGUCUAAGGAGAAAGUAAUGGAGAAGGAGGCCAAGCAGCCUGACAAGGAGUCUCAGCCUGCCGAGAGCAUGGUGUUCGGGACAGGGACAUCCAAGCACUCAAGGCCUUCGUCUUCGUCUGAAGAAAAACCUGACACAAAGCAAAGGUCAAGCAAGAAGAGAAGUGUCAUCCCGCAGAUCAUCAUCACCCGGGCCUCAAAUGAGACGCUAAUCAGCUAUGGCAUCCCUGACAGUGAAGAACAGAGAACCAUUCGGGAGCAUGCUGACUGGGGCCCUUACUACCGACACAGGAGCCCUAGCACAAUAGCAGCCUAUGAUGUACACAGCACAGAAUAAAUGAGAGCUCUUGGUAGCUGUAAUCCU